AGAGAGAGGGAGGGAGAGAGAGAGAAGACCCGAGCACUGUGCACAGCCACAGAAUCCUCACACCACAGAGACACACGGAGAAAGCGCUCACCACAAAAACAGAGACCAGUCCGAACGGAGCAUCUUUUACCAGAGUGACAGACCCGUUUGAGCGAGGCCACAAAGAUGGACGUCUCCUCUCGCCCUCUGUUACUGGUGUGCACGUAUUUGGUGGUUGCGCUGAUUGGUGGAACCCGCUCAGAGGGGAUGUGUCUUCCAGACGGCAAGCACAAGGCCACGCCCAGUCCGGAGCAACACCUGGGGGAGUGUACACUGUACGCUGACAAUAGCUGUUGCUCUCAAGGAGACAUCCAGGACAUUUCCCAUGUCCCCUCUGCUGGCAACAAGAACGAAGCCUGGGACAAAUGUGGGCCUCUAAGCUCAGAGUGUGAGGGUUUCCUUAAGCGUGUGUCCUGUUUUUACCGCUGCUCCCCCGAUGCGGCUCGCUGGCCUCACCCCCAUCGCCGCUCGUACAUCCAGGCUGUGCCGCUCUGCCACAGCUUCUGUCGUGAUUGGUUUGACGCCUGCAAGAUGGACUCGACCUGUGCUCGCAACUGGGCCAGAGACCCAAGAGGACAGAACUGCACUGGAGGCUGUGUCCAGUACCAGCAGAUGUACCAGCACGGCAGGGAUCUGUGUGAGAGUCUGUGGGGCGAUGCCUUCAUGACAGUCGAGGAUGACAUGGAGGACGUGGGAGAGGCCACAGACGCCGGAGUGGAAGGUGACAGCGGUCGCCCCUGCGGCUGCCUCACCCUCAGUCCAUCUGACAAGGACGUGAUCGCUGCACUUCGAGCCAAACAGGACGACCCGGAGGAGCUGGAUACCACCAAGACGGGCCUGCCUCAGUACCGCGCCCCCUGCCAGACCAAGCUGCCACAGCAGGUCAGAGGCAGCAGGAAGGGCAACGGCGUGUUGCGUAAACGUUCAAUCGUGGUGGACGACGUGGAGGGGAGUGGUAGUGGCUUGUAAAGAGAACAGAUAGAUGGUGAAACGUUAACUGAGGAGUCAAUUGUCUAGAACCUAAUAUACAAAAUCUAUGUCUUGAAAUGGAAAUGGCUCCUGUAAUUAAACUGACAACACAAACCUAAACUUCCAUUAUCAUCAUUAUUACAUUUCAGGUGUACUCUCUAUGGUUUAUAUUGGCAGAAUAAGAGGUUAUGAUGAAUUAUUUGAUCAUCAUUAUUUGAAACCUAGACAGCACACAUAUAAAAGGAGCUCCAUGUGAAAAAAAAUGUAUUGUAUUAAGUCAUAAAAUUACCAUGAUUUGAAAUCAGAGAUUACAUUUCGAAAUUGAAAUACAGACUUCACUAAUAUAAGAAGGGGACAAACAGUUUGUUCACGAUGUAAAAGUGAAUUUACAGCCUGUAAGCUCUAUUUAUGUUUAUGUUGUGGAAAAGGGUGUAAGUGUAGCUCCUCAUAAACUGUCUUUAGGUUUGUACGACUGGUUCCCCAAACAACCUGGCAACUCUCUGGAGAGGAGGCAGUGCCUGUUUUAAACUCUAUAUCAUAUACAUAGCCCCUAUAAAAGAAAAGAAAAUACUUUUAAAAGAUGUCACAGAUGAACGAUACAGUAUAUUUAAAGGCAAAAUCCUCAGUUCUGCAAGGGCUCUGACUUCAAUCAUCAGACUAUUUCCCUGACAUUAAAAUCAAACGAUGGCUGCAGAAAUACUUUAUUCACUUUAAAGUAAAGUCACAUAUUUGAGUUGCUUCAAAAAUGGCGAAAAAUAACACAGGAGGUGUGCGAGUGAAGUCUUGUUUAUGGGGAAUGUAAAGUGCAACUCGUGCAUGAAAACAAACAUGUCAACUGUUCUCGACAGUGCUGUAAACAUUAAGUACGUGUGCUUGUGCUUCAUCACUCGCUCUUCUGUCACGUAGAUGACUUUAUUCUGUGCAUUAGUCUGUUGUUAAAUCUGUCUGUUGUGAUGCUGUGCCGUGCAGUCUUAUUACAUGUCUCCGGGUAUAUAAUAGAGGAUAACAAUGUGCUGAGUCACAAUAAUAAUGAAUGUAACUUAGGUUUAUCGAAGAGAAACCACUGGCCUGAAGGGUAAGCUUAAUACCUGAGUUCUAAAUCCAGACACAAACUCUGCUCGCCGGAGUAAAUCUGCAGAGACAGUAUUCAUACCAGAUAAGUGGUUUGCUUAUCAUCAGUGCUCCGUGGUUGUUCCUUUUAUAAUCAUGUCACAUCAUUUCUAGAGCGAGGCACUGUUAGAUGUAAAUGUUUUAUUAAAAAAAAAUAUAUAUAUAUACAUUAUGUAACACUGGUUUGUGUGAGUUAUCGUCAACUUGAUGAAAAAUGAAAGUUUCUGUGCUUUUCUUUACCUUCUCAAUAAAGACAUUUUCCAAAUGUCA